ACAUGCCAUCAGAGAGCAAAUAAAAAGCGUUGUAGUCUGUUUCUGCAAGUAACAAGUAACCAUAACAGGCCUGUCGGAAUAAUAAUAAUAAUAAUAAUAAUAAUAAUAAUAAUAAUAAUAAUAAUAAUAAUAAAUGUCAAAUCAAUCCAGACGUUGCUUUUCACUUCUGGCACACACCUCACGCAUGUAGUGAAAGAUGUUCAAGAACCGGAUCCGCAUGUUUUUCAACGAGCUGAAGCUCCUGGUGUUCAUGCGGUCCGGUCCUCGGCAGCCCGGCGUGGACACGGGUGCGAGUAUGCGGGGUCUGGGCGCUAUGGGUGGCUGUGGGUGGCAUGCGUUUUCCCACUGCACCGGUGACCACGACCACGACGCUGAGGAGUACUACGGCAGCGACGCAGGCGUGAGGCGGAGCGCGGCGGCGGCGGCGGGACUGGACGAGCGGGACGCACGGAUGCACGCGAACGCGGAUGCUGUGUCCCUGAGCAGCGGAACCCGCACACCUCAGUGCCGCAUCUGCUUCCAAGGACCUGAGCAGGGGGAACUGUUGAGUCCAUGCCGCUGUGACGGCUCAGUGCGCUGCACCCAUCAGCCGUGUCUCAUCCGCUGGAUCAGUGAGAGAGGCUCCUGGAGCUGCGAGCUGUGCUACUUCAAAUACCAAGUGCUGGCCAUCAGCACCAAAAAUCCCCUACAGUGGCAGGCCAUCUCUCUGACUGUGAUCGAGAAGGUGCAGAUCGCUGCCAUCAUCCUCGGCUCGCUCUUCCUCAUUGCCAGCAUCUCGUGGCUGGUGUGGUCGUCGCUCAGCCCCUCGGCCAAGUGGCAGCGGCAGGACCUGCUCUUCCAGAUCUGCUAUGGCAUGUACGGCUUCAUGGACAUUGUGUGCAUAGGCCUCAUCAUCCAUGAGGGUUCAUCAGUCUAUCGGAUCUUUAAACGCUGGCAAGCUGUCAAUCAGCAGUGGAAAGUAUUGAACUAUGAAAAGGCCAAGGACUUGGGGGAGCCGAUUAGUUCGAGCAGUAAAGCGACGGCACGUGGCUCACGCUCCAACCCUCACAGCCUGGGCAGUGGCAGCAGGAGGAAUCAGCGCAUUCGGAGGCUCAGGACUAUCCUCAACCACCACUGCGGCUACACCAUCCUGCAUAUCCUGAGCCAGAUCAGGCCCAGUGAAACACGCCUCGCCUCCAACUCCAACCGCGAGGUGGUCAUGAGGGUCACGACUGUAUGAGGAUGGGGGUGCACUCGCUCUGAGCUGCUGAGACACAGUGUGCAAAGACUUGUUCUGAGCAGCAGUUGUGUCCUGAUUCAUCAGAUGAUGUCUCGCUCUUGUUUCCUGAGCAGAGUGAAACGCACUUGUCAUAAGUGAGAAGUUUAACAUGCUAAAAAGGAUGAACUUUGGAACUACAUGGUUCAUAAAAAGAAACACACAAGAAAGAGAACUGUCUUUGUGAUCUGGCACACAAGCGCAUUUUUAUUUCAUCUCCUCUCUGGUGUCGUUUUAUACCACUCUGGUUUUUACUAUGUUUCAUUUUCUAAGGGCGUGUGGUUUUAUGAACAGACACUGCUGUACUGAAUAUAAUGGCUUGAAAAAAGACAGUGAUGUUUCAAAUAAGCAAGAAAAACAAAAGGAAGAAAAAAAACCUAACCAUAACCAAACCGUGACAAAAGGUACAACAACCAGGGAGUAAAGAAUUCUUUACAAUAUACCAAUAAAUACAUUUAACGAGAAUAUCAUGAAAUGGUAGGGUGCAAUAAGAUAAAAUAAAGGGAUUAUACAGAGUGUUAAGUACAUUAAUAUUUAAAGGAUUGGAUCUUCUCUGCAAUAAAGAUACCUGUACAUUUUGCAGUGAACUUUGCAUGAGGGUAAAGUUUUGUGCCUCCUCGACACGAGGAUAUGAUGAAUCUGUUUUCAUUUCGAA